AUGGCUUCCGGAUCACCAGAGCAGAGGUCGUCGCGAGCAUCCAGCCGCGCCUCCAGGAAAUCGCUCACUCUCGACCUCUCCAAUCUCCCAGCACUCCAACAACCAACACCCGCAACCAACACCCUGCUCAUCACCAACCUCCAAGACCUCUCCAUCUUCCAGCCCGACAACCUGCAAACCAUUAAGGAGCUGAUCGCCAAGACCGCCCUCAUCCACACCUGGGCCCCUCUCAAGUCCUUCCGCCGCAUUCUCGUCUCCUUCUACACGAUAUCCGACGCCAUUGCCGUCCGCUCUGUCUGGGACGGCGAGGCCAUCCUGGGCGAGCGGUGCCGCGUCUACUUCGGCCAGCACACACCUGUCGAUACCUCCCCCAAGGACACACAUCUGGCGCUCCCAGACGCCGGCAAGCUGUUCUUCAUCUCCCCGCCACCAUCCCCUCCCCACGAUUGGGAACAGAUUGUCGAGGGUGCCCCCAACAAGCAGGUGCAUGCUGAGGACCUGGCCGAGGCCCUGGCGAAGCUGCACCACCACAAGAUCGUGGCCGACUCGCCCAUCAGCCCCACGGAGGGACGGUCGCCGGGAGGUUUCAGCGCGGCAUCCGGCAGGCAGACGAGGAGCCGCAGCUCAACGCUGAUCUUCCACCCGGAGGACCACGGUGGCAGCCCGAACCUGCCGUGUGUCAUGGUCGACGACAUGACGGAUGCCCCCGAGGACGACAUAAACCUCAGCGCCAUGGACGUGGAUUCAAAGCCCAUCAUGGCACACACUUCGCGGCCUCCCGUGGAGCUGAUGAGCGACGCAUAG